AUGUCUGAAGAAAGUGAUGAAAGACAUGAAAAGCUGAGAGAAAAUGUUGAAACCAUUGAGAAAAAGUUGAGAGCAAUGGAAGGUGAUCAGAUCUUUGGUGCUGCUGCCAGAGAAAUGUGCCUUGUAUCUGGAUUGGUGAUCCCCGCAAAAUUCAUGACACCUAACCUUGAUCAAUAUGAAGGAGCUACUUGUACCAAAAGUCAUCUCAUCAUGUAUUAUAGAAAGAUGGCAGCUCACGUGGACAAUGAAAAACUCAUGAUCCACUGUUUCCAAGAUAGUUUGAAAGGUGCCUCUUCCAAAUGGUACUUGACCCUUGAUCAGACUCACAUCCGUUGUUUCCAAGAUUUGUCUGAUGCUUUCAUCAAACAAUACAAGUACAACAUGGAUCUAGCUCGUGAUAGAAGAUGGAGAGAGACUGCAUCUCAAGUGGAACCUCCAUUAACUGAAAAAGAGUUGGCAGAUUGGCUCGUCGACAUAGUGCGACCAGAAUUUUUUGAAAGGGUGGUGGGAAGCGUGACUGCAAGUUUUUCUGACUUGGUGGUCGUGGGUAUCAAAGUGGAACUUGGCUUAAAAAAUGGCAAGAUGAUUAUUUCAGCUAGUAAUUCCAACAAUAACAACAAUACCAAGAAAUUCUCUAGUAGUUUCCAUAAGAAAAAGGAAGGAGAAACAAAUGAAGUGAUGGGUAGUAGAAGAAAGAAUCAGUCUUGGAAAAAGCAACAAUCUUUUUCUCAACAACAAUAUGUUCAACAACCACAAUUUGCUCAACAACCAUAUGUAGCAGCUAUUACACCAACUUUAAAUCAACAAGUCCCAGUGUAUCAGUCGACUCAAGCAGUUCCAAUCUUUCAAACAACACCUAAUGUUCCAACUUAUCAACAAGCACCCAACGCUCCAGCUUAUCAACAAAGGACUCCAACUCAGCGCCAAAAUGCUCCAUUUCAAAAUAGGAGACAAGAUGGAAUACCUCUGAUUCCUCAGAUUCCUAUGUCUUACACUGAAUUAUAUCUGUCAUUGUUAAAGAAAGGUUUAGUUGUUCCAAGACCUUUGGGACCUCCACCAGAUCCUCUCCCAUCAUAUUACAAUCCUAAUGCACAUUGUCUGCUCCAUGAAGGCGCCCCAGGGCAUGAUUUGGAAGGCUGCUAUGCCUUGAAACAUAUUGUAAGGGAAUUGAUUGAGAAAAAGAUUCUUUCAUUUGGGGAUACCAGUCUGAAUGUCAAAAAUAAUCCUUUGCCCGCUCAUGGGUCUGUAAAUGCUAUUGAUGAUGAGCCCGAUGAAGGUCUAAUUCUUGAUGCAACCAAAAUCAAGACUCCGCUCAGAGAUUUUCAUGCAAAGUUAAUGGAGGCAGGUUUACUGAAGAAUUACCGUAAGAGUUGUGAAGAAUGUACUAUUGGUCCUAAAGGAUGUGAAAUGGUCCGCAAGGAUAUUCAAGAAUUGAUUAACCAAGGUGUGUUGCAAGUAAGCAGUUCUAUGAAAAAGAAUGAGGUAGCAGUGAUUGAACCCAUAUUCAAUCUACCUAAGUUAAGUACUACAACACCAAUCUUCAACAUUCCAGAGCCAGUAUUCAACAUUCCAGAUUCUACUAUUGUUUAG